GCAUGCUCACUACAAAUCUCGCGACACUUCCUUGGGUAUAUCAGUCCGCUUCCGCCUCAUUUCGGCCUUCUGAACUAUCGAAAUCACCAAAUGGCGGACGACGCCGGUGCAAACAGAGGAGGCUUCCGCGGGGGCUUUGGCAGUGGUGGCCGAGGCCGUGGUCGCGGAAGAGGCAGGGGACGCGGUAGAGGCCGCGGAGCCCGUGGUGGGAAGGCCGACGACAAGGAAUGGGUUCCAGUGACCAAGCUUGGUCGUCUGGUGAAGGAUAUGAAGAUCAAAUCCCUGGAGGAGAUCUACCUUUUCUCCCUUCCCAUCAAGGAGUCUGAAAUCAUCGACUUCUUCCUGGGCUCAUCUCUGAAGGACGAGGUCCUGAAGAUCAUGCCUGUGCAGAAGCAGACCCGUGCCGGUCAGCGAACAAGGUUCAAGGCUUUUGUGGCCAUUGGUGACUACAACGGCCACGUGGGUCUUGGUGUGAAGUGCUCCAAGGAAGUUGCCACCGCCAUCCGUGGAGCCAUCAUCCUGGCCAAACUGUCCAUUGUACCCGUUCGCAGAGGCUACUGGGGUAACAAGAUCGGCAAACCUCACACUGUACCCUGCAAGGUGACUGGCCGCUGCGGCUCUGUGUUGGUGCGUCUCAUCCCAGCCCCCAGAGGUACAGGCAUUGUGUCCGCUCCCGUCCCCAAGAAACUGCUGAUGAUGGCUGGUAUUGAUGACUGCUAUACAUCAGCAAGGGGCUGCACUGCCACCCUGGGUAACUUUGCUAAGGCUACCUUUGAUGCCAUCUCAAAGACCUACAGCUACCUGACUCCUGACCUGUGGAAGGAGACUGUGUUCACAAAGUCCCCAUACCAGGAGUACACCGAUCAUCUGGCGAAGACUCACACCAGAGUGUCCGUGCAGAGGACCCAGGCUGCGGCGGCCGCGGCUACCACUCCACCAACCUCCUAGACCUCUCUGCAAAAAAAAUAAAUAAAAUGACAUCGUUGUUUUGACAAAA